CCCCUUCUCCCUCCCCCUUUCGUUUCCCCUUCUAGGGACCCUCGGCGCCAGGAGCCUCACCACAGGUGCCUUAGAGCCGCCUUCCGACCGGCCGUAAGAUUUAACCGCUGAUGUUGCCGCCGUCGCCGCCCUUCUGCUGGGGGAGCCCAGACUACUGCUCAGAGAUCUUUGGGGCUCAUCAGAGAUGAGAAUAUCCUAAUGCUACACCUAGAGCUCUUAGUUAGUUUGCCUCCAUUAUAACAUCAACACCUCAGGCUGUGGAAGAAGUGAUCCGGUCAGGAGGACAGGAGCUACCCUCACUGCAGCCACAUCACUCCAGUGCAAAUAUUUCCCCUCUCUAAAGUGAGGAAGUGAAUAUGUCACUUAUUCUAAAAAAAAGAGAAAAUGAUAAGAAAAAUGUUGCAUCAUUUACUUCAUGGAAUAAAGAAAAUGAUAACGAGGACAAGUUUGAAGACGCCUAUGAAAUCAUCCCCGUGGCAACAACAAUGAAUCUAAUGUCUUCCUUGGAAGAAUGCACAACUGGGUUGUAUUUAUUUCUAAAUAACAGAUUCUCAGAUGCCAUAAACCUCAUUUACCCAUGGUCGAAAAACAGUAUAUACCAUGCUGUAGUUUAUGGUAUCCUUAUGGUUGUCAAAGCCAUCUUGACAUUUGAUCCACAGGAUAUAGAGAUUGGAAUGACUGCUGCAAAGGACGCUUUGAAAACCUGUAACAAUUUCCGAAGAAAAGGCAGGAUGUCAAGUUUUUCUCGUCUAGUGAGUAAACAGGGAAUAAAGGCUGUCAAGGAAGAGGAAUUGCAUGCUGAAAUCUGCUAUGCUGAGAGUUUGAUCUUGAAAUCCGCUGUAAUAUUCAUACAGGAUGACAGUCUACUUGGUUUUCUUAAAAGUGGGAUCAAUGUUGGGUUAAGUUACCAAAUAUACAAAGACUGUCAACAAAUAUUAACACACAUAUCUACCAACCAAAGCAAAACCUCCAGACACCUGGUUGGUGGAGUAAAAUUUGGACUCGGAGCAUUCAAUUUGAUGUUAUCACUUAUGCCACCAAAGACACUUAAGUUACUCAAUUUUGUUGGAUAUUAUGGUGAUAAAGAGGUAGGCUUGACUUUGCUUCAUGAGAGUGCAUCUGAAUCCCAUAUAAAUAAUGUCUUAAGUAUUCUGACUCUACUCUUCUAUUACAAUUAUAUCUGCGUAGUUUUUGGUGUUGAAACAGGUCACAGUUCUACUGUAGAGAACCUCUUCCUAAUCUAUCUCCAUAAAUUUCCAAAGUGUGUCAUACUUAAAUUUUUUCAUGCACGUUUCAGUAUGCUGAAAGGAAGAUUUGAAAAUGCACAGUUAACAUUACAGGGCUGCAUUAUUAUUCAGCAUGAAUGGAAGCAACUUAAUCACCUCUGUUACUGGGAACUCAUGUGGUGCCAUAUUUUCGUGCAGGAUUGGAAGAAGGCAUACCACUAUGCUGCUCUGCUAUUUCAAGACAGCAAGUGGUCCAAGUCAAUUUAUUCAUACAGUAAAGCUAUGCUACUGGCUUUGCUUCCUUCUGGAUUUGCUAAAUCAGCAAAUGAGGAUAUAAGCUCUCUCUUCUUAAAUGUAGAAGGCCUGAGAAUCAGAUUUUUAGGAACUUCUGUGCCAAUAGAAAAGUUUCUUGCCGAGAAGGGUCAGCGCUAUGGUGCUACGACAAACUGGUUUAUAGCACAGCCCAUUCUGGAAUUCAUUUAUGCCUUGAGUGGUUUCCAUGUCAUGAGCAAAAGACUACACCUUAUUUCAUGCUGGCUAACAAUAAUUAACAAAGGAGAAGACCUUUUACGAGAAAAUCCAAAUAAAGGGCAUAAUAUAGAUGACAUCAGUUUGCUAAAUUUACUGAAAGGUCUAUGUAUGAAAUACUUAGGCAAAUAUUUGAUGGCUGAGCAGUACUUUAAUCGUGUCAUUCAAAAUGAGAAAUUGUUAAAAUAUGACCACUAUUUGGUGCCGUAUGCUUACUAUGAACUGGGAAUUCUAUACUAUCUGAAAGGAGAUUAUGGCAGAGCAACAAAAAGCCUAGAAAACAUAAAAAACUACAAAGACUAUUCCAUGGAAGCCCGAUUACAAUUUAAGGCUCACAUAGCUCUUGAACAAAUAUCCAAAGGAAAGUGAUUCAGAUACAAAGUGUGGUUUUGUUUACUAUGAGUGAAGUAUCUACAGUUAGCAAGAUAAUUAACAGGUAGAAAAAUAAUUUCUUUGUGGAAGAAAUCCAAGAAGAGGCAGCUGCUAAGAAUCUGACUGGUAACAAGAAAGAAAUUCCUUUUCCCUCUUUCCUUCUUUAUACCUAUAAAAUGGAAUGUCUUACACUGGCAAA